CGACAAGUUGAUUAUCUUUGUCUUUAAUCAUGUAGUCUUUAUAGACAAGGUCAGCGCUUUACAGAAACAAGAAGAAAAACUGACAAAUUAUACAACAGCGAUCAUAUUAGCAUCUGAUGUGUCUUUUAAAAUGUUAUAUCAUUGUUUGAAAAGUUAACUUUAUGUGGCCGUGUGAUGCAUAAAAGUUUGUUUGUGCACUUUUUUUAACAUCAGAAUUCAUGGCAGUUAAUCUGUGUUCCUGUGCAAUACAUUUCUGCAUUAUAAUAUCAUCUAGGCAUUUUACUCACGAUGGAUAUUAACUUACCUUUUUUCUCCUUGUAAAGGUAGUAAGUUCAUAGUAUCAAACAAAAUCAACAUCAUUGGUAAGAACAAGGUUUUUACAAACCUAAAAAAGAUUAAUACCAAAUUAGAUAAGCCAUGACACUACUACUCUUUGCAUGAUUGCAAGCACACACAAAAAAAACUUUACGCCAUUGCUGCUACUGUUGCUAAAGCUCUUCGUAGGAACGACUAAUCAUUACUCAACUUAAAACAAUGCUUUUACCUGUAUCAACAGGUGACGUACUCCAAUAAUUUCUUGUUUUUACAUUCAACUUACUUCAAUUAUUUCAAAUAGUAAUACAAAAAGUUUGGCAUUGAGGAGGGAAAAAAAGCAUGACAACGCUUACUAAAUCUUUCCAUCUAGAGGUCCUACCGUACGUCAUCAUGGAAGUAGUUUGUGAGCAAAUGCUUUCCUUUACGGAAUUGUGUUGCAGCGAAGCAGUGGAGUUUAAUCGUAUUGAAUGCCUUUGUAACACUGAUAGUUUUGCAUUGUGGGGUUGUAUGCGGAAGAUAAGCGACACCUCUGCGAUCUUGUCUUUACAAACCAACUUUGGGGAUAUCUACGGCUGUCCAAGCUAUACAUCAACGAAACAGACUGCCAGAUCAUCUUUAGAGACUGAAAUAUUUCAGCCAAAUCAGGGGUUGUUAACAGCUUACACUUUUGACGCUAAUGUUAAUACCCCUUUCUGUUCGCGUUCGGAAGUUUGUUCAGCCAUUUCAUGUCGCUAUGCUAAGGAAGCCAUUGUCCUAUUGAACAGAAAAGAAAUUUUUGGCCUAGACGAAGGACUUUAUAUCAACCGUAUCUUUGCGGCCUCUAAAAGAAUACAUGAUCAGAUAUACUAAGUUUAUGAAUGUCUGAUUUUUUUUUUACAUUCAUAACUCAAAAGAAGAAACAAUAUCCUGUACAGUCCUUUUUUAAGGAAUGCUGUUGUGUAAAUUAUUGGUACAUAAGCUCAUGACGUCAAAACCUUAAGAAAA